UCUCGCAGAUCAACUCAAACUGUCAAGUCAUAUUCGAUUGUUCUUGGGAAGCGGCUCUUUUCCUACAAAAAAACCGAUAUAGUAUUCGGAAAACCUUUUCAUACAAUAUCCAUGAAAAUAUGGCCACGCAUGCGGUAACAGUGCUCACUACUAACGGUCGUCGUCAACAGGUGAAAGUUGAACCGAACCUUACCAUUUUAGACAUCCUUGAACAAGUCUGUAAGAAACACAACUUCAAUGCAGAUGAACACGACUUGAAGCAUCAUAACAAAAUUUUGGACCUUUCGGCAAUGUUCCGAUUUUCCGGCCUACCCAACAACGCCCUUCUUGAGAUGGUACCGGCUACAAAGGUCAGAACUGAAUCGGACGUAACGCUCGUCGUCCAACUGGAAGAUGGUAGUCGACACGAAGGGACCUUCAAGCCUUCUACCACUUUAAUGUACAUUCUAAAAAAUGUCUGCGAAGAAAAGGCUAACGCUGAAUCCAACCCCGUGAUGAUCUACAUGCGAAAGGAAGUACAGUGGGAUUCGAUGGAAAAAACAACAUUGAAAAGCCUGGGGUUGACCGGCGGACGAGCCAUUAUCAGAUUGCUUCAGCGAACGCCAGAGGAGCUAAAAACACAAGCCAACGUAUCGGCGCCUUUGCCUCAAAAGGAAAAACCAGACGAAUAUGAUGAUCCGAUUCCUCGAAGGACGCAGCAGCCGGUUUCCAUAGAACAGGAUAAUAAUGGGGAAACGAAUAUUGCACCGGUGCCUAAAGAUAAACCCAAGUCUCCUACAGCGCCCAAGAAAGCAAAACCAAGUUUUGGCAGCCCGGCAGCAGGUCCAUCCAAAGAUAAAUCGCAAUCGGCAGCUCCAACAAGCAGCCCAGCCGAAAUUCCAGAGCCAGAGCCGAAGCCUGAAUCCAUAAUCAACAUAAUAGGUGACCGAGAAGCCUUGCUGUUUCAUUUAGAAACGGCCGAGCGUAGCACAUUCGAACAUCCUGAUUCGUUUUAUGAAAUAACCGUUUCGGAUGUGCGUAAAAUGUACGCCGAUUUAAGGAAACAAGUUAAGGAGCUAGAAGAAGCGCCAUUAAUGACUUCCGAACUUCGUCAGCUCGAGGACAGCAAGCGGGUUCUGAAUAAUCUUUCACGUUACAAAACUACUAUCAUAAGAGUGCAAUUUCCCGAUCGAUACGUGCUGCAGGGUAUAUUCAAACCACACGAGUCGGUAUCGGAUGUAAUGACUUUUGUACGAGAUAAUUUGGAUGAUUCGACUGUUGAUUUUUACUUAUAUACAACACCCCCAAAGGAGCUUCUUUCAACAGAAAAUACACUCGUGGAAGCGAAAUGCGUACCGCAAGUUCUGCUCCAUUUUGGCUGUGAAAAAGAACAUUCUUCCGGCAGGUUCCUUAAGCUACAUCUUUACGAGCAAUUAUCGAACGCAACCGGAGCAACACUGGUGGCUGCGCGUUCUCGCGGUCGUUUAGAUGAGAUAGCAGCCACCACGACAUCUGCCGGCUCUUCUACGGUCUCAAUGGAAACCGAUGACAAUCAGCCUGAAACAGGGGAUGCAAAUGAGGGAAGCACAAGCAGCAAUCGCAUGCCCAACGCAAAUUUUAGACCAUCGUCCGUACAGACAGCCUCCAGUGAUGUGAAAAUGCCAAAAUGGUUCAAACCGGUUGGGAAAUGAAAUGUUUAACAUUGUAUUUUUCCGCGUUACUCCAAGAGUUCUACAAACAGCGGUUCACUAAAGUCCGAUGGCUUGUUCUUGUUUAUGUAAAUAUUGUGAUUUCUAAAAAAGCUGGGUAAUAGACUGUCAACAGAACAGAUGAAUGAUUAUUUUAAGAAAGAAAGAAUUCUGUUCGGUUGGAACUAAAGCUGUGAGGUGUGUUAGAAACACAGUUUGGGGAGCGGUAUUGGCAUCUUUACGCAGAAAAUAUAUGUAGGGGGCGCAACAUGCUUGGGGUGGAUGUUUUGCAAAUAAACUGCUAGAUCAGUAGCAAAUCCUUAAAA